UGCAUGGUCUAUCACGCCUCUACUAAACGCUAGCUUGCACCAUUGUGUAUCAUCCUUCUCUCCAUCUCCUUUUAACUCUUUACACAAGAACUUCGAAACCCCCCCUUCUGUUGUACUUCCUGAAGUUGUUUCGCCGAUGGAGAGGAACAAUCAGCUGCACCGCCAAGUUGCUCUCAUGAGGCAAUCCCUCUUUGAUCAGGGAUAUCUUGAUGAACAAUUUGUUCAGUUGGAAGAGCUACAAGACGACACGAACCCUAAUUUUGUCGAGGAAGUUGUGACAUUGUAUUACCGUGAUUCAGCUCGACUAGUCGCCAGCAUAGAGCAGGCGUUGGACAACAGACCUCUUGAUUUCAACCGGUUGGAUAGCUACAUGCAUCAGUUCAAAGGAAGCAGCUCAAGCAUUGGAGGCAGAAAAGUCAAAGCUGAGUGCUCGCAGUUCAGGGAAUAUUGCAGGACAGGAAAUGGAGAAGGAUGCAUUAGGACUUUCCAGCAGGUGAAGAGGGAAUAUGCAACAUUGAGGAAGAAACUUGAGGCCUACUUUCAGUUGGCAAGACAAGCAGGGCCCAGAGACACAGCUUCUCGCUCCACAUAGGAAAAAAGAGAAUCUUUUAAUAAUCUGCUGAAAAUAGUAAGCAAUGGCUCGGGAGGCUGCAAUGUAUGAGAGUGAGUGAGUGGUUGG